CUGCUCGUUGUGCAACUUUGCCAGAUUUAUAAAAGAGGUCCCGGUGGCACGCGCGUAGCGUUCACGUGUCACAUGCAGUUGAAUAAGGGUCGCCUUCACGUGUUGCAUAUGACUCCUCCUCGCUGGGCGCCUCGGUUCCUGUGAUAUAACCGGAACCCCGCUGCAGCUCCUCUCUGCACGUAUUCCCGUCGUGAGUGCCAGCUGCGGAACCGGCACGCCCAUCUCUGCAAGCAUGGCUCUAGUGAAAGUUCCUGACACCCCCAUGGAAGUGAUUGUGGAUUUGUUAACCAAAGCCAAGGACAAGGCUGUAUCAUGCAGCACUGUACCGGAGGAGUUGAAAGGUCAUCUGCAGAAAGCUUUGGACAUUGCCAGUGGACUGGAUGUGUACUUGGAGAAGAUGACAACACAGGAAAGUGAACCUUUAAGAGAGCUUUAUGAAAAGACAAUGUCUCAUGACUGGAAUCAAGUGCACAAGGAGGGCAAGACAAUUUUCCAACUUCCAAAAGAAUGCAUCACUGGACAUGUUGAGGGUCAGACCCUUAAGAUGUUGAUCCACAUGAGUCAAGCCAAGAGAGUCUUAGAGAUUGGAAUGUUCACUGGCUAUGGAGCUUUGUCUAUGGCUGAGGGGCUUCCUGAUGACGGCCUCUUAAUAGCCUGUGAGUUAGAACCAUAUCUCAAAGAGUUCGCUCAGCCCAUUUUUGACAAGUCGCCACAUGGCAAGAAGAUUAUUGUCAAAUCAGGACCAGCCAUGGACACUUUAAAGGAACUGGCUCUUGCUGGCGAGCAGUUUGACAUGGUCUUCAUUGAUGCUGACAAAAACAAUUACAUCAAUUACUACAACUUCAUCAUGGAAAACAAUAUGCUGAAACUGCGGGGAGUCAUGUGUGUUGAUAAUUCACUGUUUAAAGGAAAGGUUUACCUGGAAAAUGCUACAGAUUCCAAUGGAUUGGCCUUACGAGAAUUCAAUCAGUUUGUUUCUAACGAUCCCCGCGUGGAACAGGUGAUUAUCCCUCUUAGAGAUGGCAUCAGUCUUAUCCGUCGGGUGUCUCUGGCGCGGUCGUGUUCACUUGCUCAGUGUACCAUAACAGAUGAUGACGUUUUCCGUGGGGUCAAAGGCCUUUCCAUUUUGGAUCGAAUGCGCCUUGACGAAAAAGUGGCUUACGUAACUGGUGGAGGGCAGGGUAUUGGCCGGGCAUUUGCUCAUGCCCUGGGUGAGGCUGGUGCCAAGGUUGCAGUGGUGGACCUAGAUCAAGCACGAGCUGAGGCAGUUGCUCAGGAGCUUUUCAUCAAAGGUAUCAGUGCCAUCUCCAUCAGUGCUGACAUUAGUAAACCAGCAGACGUCCAGAGAAUGAUAGACACCAUUGUCUCCAAAUGGGGAGCCAUUCACAUCGCUUGUAACAAUGCUGGCAUCAACUUGAACUCAGCCAGUGAGGAAACCACCUUAGAGGAGUGGGACCAAACCUUUGAUGUGAACUUGAGAGGCACGUUUAUCUGCUGUCAGGCAGCGGGUCGCGUGAUGCUAAGACAGGGCUACGGAAAGAUCAUUAACACCGCCUCCAUGGCCAGUCUGAUCGUGCCCCAUCCUCAAAAGCAGCUGUCCUACAAUACUUCCAAAGCUGGAGUUGUUAAACUGACUCAAACUCUGGGAACUGAAUGGAUUGACAGAGGAGUGAGGGUAAACUGCAUCUCUCCAGGGAUCGUUGACACGCCUCUCAUCCACUCAGAGGAUCUAAAGCCUCUGCUGCGGCGCUGGCUGUCAGAUAUCCCUGCUGGUAGACUGGCUCAAGUGACAGACCUGCAAGCUGCUGUGGUCUACUUGGCAUCUGACGCCUCUGACUACAUGACAGGGCAUAACUUAGUCAUAGAGGGUGGGCAGAGUCUCUGGUAGAAGUGCCAGAAAAGUGUAACUUUAUUCUUUGGUUACUUGAUAUUUGUCUCAGAAAUACUAAAUGUAUCAUUGGCAUUAUCUCAUUAUGGAAUUAUUAUCAGGGAGAUGGUGUUUGAAAUGUAGAGUAAACAUGUUUGUUCUCCUGCUUGUGUGUGAUCCUUGAGGCAGAUAAAAUAUUUCUGUUCUGGGUGCUGUUGGGUUUUAACAGUGAUCUUGACUCCAUCUGAAUUUGUCACCAAACCUUUAAUGUUGGUAGCAGCUGCAAGAAAAAGUAUUGCUUGUUAGAUUGAAAACUGUCAUUGUUUUUUGAUGCAUGUUUUACAUUAACUUUGCUUUUAUACUGCUGCCUCAUAGAGAUGUGUCGGGGUGGUUAUAUGGCAAUAUGUUGAUAUUUCUCACUUUGCCAUGCAGCUAUCUAUGUACUUGCAAGAAAACGUGUCAUCACCAAAAACUGCUGCAGUCAAUUCAAGAAAGCCUCGCCAACAUGCAUUGAGUGAAAAGGCAGAAGCAGAGGUGUUACAAGCAAACAUUAAUGAGGAAACCACCAUCACCAUAUUAUAUGACCAGGUCACAUAAACAGCACAAAGAAACGACAUUUUUUAUAACAAAAAUCUACAAAACUUUUUUAAAAAGGAAAAAAUCCUAUCACAGUUUUAAUUUGGUACUAUGUAACUCACAUAAUUAAAUGAUUUUCCGUUUAAUACCUUUAACCUAGUAAUCAACUCGCCUGAAGUCUCUUAAAAUGUAAUAAAAACAAGUUCUUUCAGAAACA